ACAACAGAAAAUACGUCGUGCAAAUCGUUUUAUUUGUUAUUAUUGUUUGCCCGUUUGCGCAUUGUGUGCCUUUCUUCUGCUCACUGCUGGAAAUGCUCUGAAUGUCAUACACAACACACACAACACAUACACAACACAUACACACACAAACACACACACACACACACACAGAGCUACUUUUGAAUACAGCAUGUUCUGAGAUCAGUUUUAUUCACUGUUGGAAAAAUGGUCAAAUCUUUGGUCUCCAAGCUGCAGGCAACUUCAAAUCUUUCGUUGGCACAAACUUUUGGCAUUGGCAACACUGGCGCCGAGGAAACAAAUUACGCAAAACAUCGCAAUGAUCCCGGCCGCUUCUUUGGCGAUGGCGUCCAGUUCAAGGCCAAGCUGAUUGGCAUACUGGAGGUGGGGGAGGCGCGCGGGGAUCGCAUGUGCCAGGAGGCGUUGCAGGAUCUGAAGAUGGCCAUAAGAGCCGCCGGCGAGCACAAGCAGCGCAUCAUCAUCCAUGUGACCAUUGAUGGACUGCGAUUGCGCGACGAGAAGACCAGCGAUUCCCUGUAUCAUCAUCCGGUGCACAAGAUCUCGUUCAUUGCCCAGGACAUGACGGAUUCGCGUGCAUUUGGCUAUAUAUUUGGGUCACCAGAUAGUGGGCAUCGGUUUUUUGGCAUCAAGACGGACAAGGCGGCCAGCCAGGUGGUGCUGGCCAUGCGCGAUCUCUUCCAGGUCGUCUUCGAGCUGAAGAAGAAGGAGAUCGAGAUGGCACGCCAGCAGAUCCAAGGCAAGGCUCUCCACGAUCAUGCCAGCCAGCUGGCCACCCUGUCCUCGCUGAAGAGCGCACACGGUGAUCUUGCCUCCGGCACCUCCGGCAGCGCCUCUUCCUCAGCAGCCCAUGCUGCAGCGGCUAAUCUCAGCAUGCUCGGUGCAUCCUCCUCGAAUGGCGUGGGACUCACGCGACUCGGCGUCAAUCUGGAUGUGUCGCGAGUAGCGGGCGUGGCAGGCAAGGAGAUCUCGCCCGAAUCCGUCGCAGACCUUGUGGAUUUGGAGCAAGAGCUGACGUCGCUGCAGCGUGGCAUUAGUCAAAUGGAGCGCAUAACGCCCAAUGAUCCGGCAACCUCACAUCCAGGUGCACCACUGGCCAAGUCGGCCAGUGAGGAUGAUCCGUUUGGGGACUCCUUCAUUUAUGUGCCGUCGUAUAAUAUUCUGCCACCGCCACCGGAAUCGGGACGCACACGUCACAAGCAGCAGCUGAGCAAGACACCCGAGAGUGUUGCCGGGCUGGAUGCGAUGUCCACACUGAUAUCGCCGGCACCUGGAGCCAGUGGAUCACCGGCCACACUGCAGCCGGAUGACGAUGAUAGUUGGCUGCAUGAGUUGCAGCAGCAACACGAUGUCUUCGAUACCACCAGGGUGACGACGACACCAACGCCAAUGUCAGCAGCCGCAGUGUUGGCCAAUCUGCCAAUGGCACCGCUGGCAACCAGAGAAUCAUCGGCAACGCCCACUCAGCAAAUCAGCGAAAUCUCUGCGGCAGCAGCUCCCUCCGCAGCAGCCACAUCCACUAUCGAUGUGGGGUUAAGUGCUUUGAGCAGCCUGGCAGCUGCCACUGAGGCUGCAGAGGGUGCCCCAGCAACAACAACAACGGCAGUUGCAGUCAUGUCGGACGCGUUCACAGAUCUGGAUCCGUUGGGCAUUGGGCGCACUCGGCCCUAUGUCGAUAAGAAAUACUUUUUCCAAGAGCUUAAGAAUCCGCCCAAGAAGCUGCUCAAGGAGCUCGGCACCAGUCAGGGCGAUAACUUUGAUGACUUUCUGGGUGGCACUAAUAGGGACUCCAUAUUCGAGGACAACAACAGCCCAACCAUAACAACAGCAACAACAACAGCAACAACUACUACUAACAUAGAAGUAGCAACUGCAUCAGGCAACUCCAGCAGCAGCAGCAACAGCAGCAGCAAUCCAACAGCAACUAACCCACUAAUAGCCACCGCCAGCCUUGGGCAGCAACAGCAACUGCAACUGCAACAACAAUUGCUACUAACAACUAACACUAACCAAUCGAGCACACGUCCCCGCUCCCGCUCCCAGCUUAGUCCUAGUCAGCAACAGCAACAGUCACAGCAAUCACAGCACCAAUCUCAAUCCCAAAUCUAUACAAAUACGCAACCACAAGCCCAAUCCCAAUCCCAAUCCCAACUGCAACACUCUCAUAUCGCUCACAUUCACACACAGACCCCAACUCUGUCGCAAUAUCAAGCCGAAGACUUUUCGGCAGCCAAACUCAAAUUAAUGCUACGUCAGAGCGCAGCCAUGUCCAAGUCAACUAAUACAGCGCUCAACUAUUAUACCACAGAGCCCGCAACCACCAUUCACAAUCUGGAGGAGCAACAGGAUGCGAAUCCGGUGCUGUUGCCACGCGACACGGAUCCAUUUUCGCCGACGCGCAAGAAGAGCGAUCCGGAUCCGUUUCAGGAGGGGGAUCUCUUCGCCAAACUCGAUGCCUUCGAGUUUGAGACGACCAGCAGCAGCUCCCCCGCCGUCUUCAAUGGUCCACUCCAGGUGCAGUUGCCGCCCGAGCAACAAACGCAAUCUCAAUCUCAGAGUCAAUCUCAAUCGGAUGUUUGGCAGGCGGACAUAUCCCGGCUGGAGCCGGUGCCGAGCAGUGUGCGUCAUCGUCCCACGCCCGUUGCCAGUGUGGUCAACGUGGGCGGUCCACUCGAUGUCAUCUCGAGCAUUUCGAACAAAAAGAUGCCUCAUCUGUUUGGCCAGGCGCGUUUCUCCAAGCGUGGCGACUCCGCAUCGGGCAUUGGUUCCAGCGUCAAUAUGCGCCGUUUGCAAGAGAGCGAUUCGCUCAGUGAGAAUGAGGCGGCUCCCGAACCACCGCCACGACCCGAUUCUACGCCGUAUGCUGAACCGCCGCCGUUGCCGCCCAAGAAACAGUUCAGUGAUCUCAUCAUAAGGCCCACAGCGACGGCGCCACCUGUCGGCCGUUACGAGUACUUGAACCAUUCGAGCAACCAGCUCCGCCGUAGCAUCGACGCCCCGCCCAUUCCAUUGCCUUCACGGCGAGUGGGUCGCUCCGAUGGCUACUUCCCCGGACCGGGUCGUCCUCGGAAGCCCGGCCACACCGACGACGAUUAUCUGGCGCCCUUGGGUGGUGGCACAUCCGCAUCGACAGCGACAUCGACAGCAACGCCGACGCCGCCGCCACCACUGCUGCCGCCACCCACGCAAACGGGCAGCAGUCGAGCGCGUCCACAGCGCCAGGCCUCGUUGGGUCGUCCGCAGGAUAUCUAUGAGAACAAGGCGGAAAUACUGCAGGCACAGGCGCAAAAGGAGGCGGCGGCAGCCACUGCACUCGCGCCGGACAUUACGCUGACGCAACUGCUCACGCUGGGCAUGGAUGAUCUGGCCCUCAGGCUGAAUGUGCCUGCUAGCAAGCUGAGCACCAUGACCCUCGUCCAGUUGACCUCCUAUUUGUCCGACUAUCUGCAGUCCACUGGGGAUCAGUUGGUGCACACCUGCAAAUCCCGGACGAGUCCCGCUCAGCAAUUGGCAUCGCCAGCUGCUCCUGUGGGCACCGCCUCCUCCUCAACGGCGGCUGUGUUUAAGGUCAACUUUGAUCAGCAGACCUCGUUUGUGGCCAAGUUCGAUGAUACGUUCGGUGAGGAUCUCGCUCCGGAUGGGUUUGUCGCUAACUUUGCCAACUUUAAUGAGGCGCCCACUUUGUCAGCGCCUGCGGUGCCGCCAGCGGAUCGCUAUGCCGUCUUCCGGGAGAUUAUCGAUCAGGAGCUGCAGCAGCAGCAGCAGGAAACGGAUCUCAUGGGUGAUUUAACGCCGCCGCCAGUGGAUGAGGCACAGCAGCAGGAGCAGCAGCAGCAACAACAACAACAACAUCAGCAGCAGCAGCAGCAACAACAGCAUCCACAGCUGGACAUCGAUAUGCCCGAGCUGGAAAUGGAGCCACCUCCACCUCCAGCUCCGCCCAAAAUCGAUACCAAGAUCACCGAGGUGGUUGCCCAGGCCAAGGAUCGUUAUGCGGCACUGCGAGAUAUUAUUCUCGUCGAGAAUCUGUUCGAUAAGGCGCCGCCGCCACCGUUGCCGACGAGCACUGUGCCAGCUCUGGCCGAGAAGGAUCUGCUGCAGGAUUUGUUCAGCGAUGAGUUCAACGAGGAUCAGGACAUCCGACAGAUCAUGGACAGCAGCCACGAUCGACGUGGCCUCGUCGAUAGUCGCGGCCUGCCUGCCGAGCCCUCAUCCUCGGCGCUGACCAUUGCCGAUGACGAUGAUGACGACGAUGAGGACGAGGAUGAGGAUGCGGGCGGUGAGAGCAGCAUGGAUAGCAAUGAGAAGGAUGCGGAACCCGUCAGCGCCCAGGAUCAGUACGAAAAGUUGUCCACCAGUGCCGAGAAGCCCGACUUCAAGUCGGAACAGGAACAGCUGCCGCCCAAGCAGCAGGACAACAAGUUCCUCACCGUGGUCAGUGCGCCUGGUCGCGAUGACAUCGAAAUCGACGAGCUGAUGCAACGUGCCAUCUCCAAUCUGUCGCUGGACUCCCGCGAUCGCAUCUCCCCGGCCACAUCCACAUCGCGAGGACCUCCGCCGCACAGCCUGCACACGCCGUCGCAGUUCAACGAUGUGAGCACUUCGCCCAUUCCGCUCCAGAAAUCGCCGGCGCCGUCAUUGCAUCCAGUUGGGGCAUCGCCGGUGCCAUCGCAGCUGUCCGCUGUAUCGCAGCUAAUCGAUACGGCCACCAAGCAGAUGCAGAUGGAGAAACCUUCCUGGGCCACCUUCGACUCACCCAAAGUGGCGCCAGUCGCCAGCGCCGGCAGCAGCAGCAGCCACAACAAGGGCAAGGCACGGCUCACCCUGCCCCCGCCACCCGCCUCGAAUACGUCGCAGCACGACACCGCUGAGUCGCCAUGCAGCUCGGAUCCGCGUGACGAUGCCGGCGGCGGUUGGUCCAAGCAGCAGCAGCAACGCCGCUGGGCCAAAAAGGAACGCCAGCAAACAUCCUCCUCCUCGCGGGAUCUCAGUCCCUGGGACGACGAUACGCCCGAGUAUCUCAAGCAGCAGCAGCAGCGCCGUGGCUUACCGCCACCCACCCAGCUGCCGCCGCAUCCGCAUGCCCCGCAUGGCUACUACAUGCGCCACGCACGACGCCUCAACUCCUGCGACGAGGAUUACGACUACGACGCCGAGUUCUGUGCUCGCCGGGAUCGGGAGCAGCCGCCGCGCAAGUUCAAGCAUGGACUCUCACGCAGCAGGGAUAACUUUGAGCUGGAGUCGCCCAGCUGGUAUCAUCAUCCGGCGCAUCACACCUGGUCGCCGCAGGAGAUGGAGCAGGGCGUGCGAGCGCGCUCCUUUGAGCGCAGCGCCUACGAGCGCUCCAGUUAUGGUCCGCCGGCACCGAUGUACGACAAGCGGGGUCAGCCGCUGCCCCGGGAGCGUGAACGUGAGCGCUCCAAGUAUCGGGAACGAGAGUACAGAGACUAUGCGCGUCCCAGCUAUGAGUUUGACUAUGAGAACGUCUACGAGGAGCGACGCUCGCCCAUGGGACCCAGCUACAAGUCACGGCCCGAGUAUCUGUACGAGCGGGAGCGGGAUAGGGAUAGGGAUAGGGAGCGGGAACGGGAGCGCAAAUCCUUCGAUCGCGAGAGCGUUGAGUCCUUCGAGAGUUCGACGCGACGACGACGCAGCUUUGGCAGUGGUGGCGAUGUCUACGGGAGUCUGGAUAGCCGUGAUGAGUACCGCGAACGGGAUCGCGAGCUGAAGACGCGCUCGCUACGCAAACCGGCCACAUCCGCCGCGGCCAAGCUGCGCGUCACCGGCGACAUUGACUACGAACAGGACUCGGAGCAGGAUUUCCAGCAGCGACAGCGCAGCCUCCAAAGGCCCAGCCAGCUAGGCGGCGAUGUGGUGCCAGGUGCGGCUCCACAGCGUCUGCGCAAGAGCAGCGGCUCCAGUCCCUGGGAUGGUGAGGAGCCCAGUUUGCCUGGUCAGAAGUCGUGGAAGCGUCCAGCGAGUGCUGCGGAAACGGAGCGUCGUCUAGCCGAGAGUCGGCGGGCUGCUGUUCUCGCCCAGACGCCAUCCGAUGGCGAAAAGGAUCGCAGAUUUCGCAAGAAGACACGCGCACGCAGCGCCAAAGAUCUGGCCACGGUGGGCGGUGUACGUUAUGGCAGUGGGCGUGGCGUACGAGAUAAUUACGACUACAUCAGUUGCCAGCGCAACGCUGACGAUGACGAUGAUGACGACGACGACGAGGACUAUGUGGACGAUGAGCCGCCCACAGAUGAGGAUAAAUUCGAGCGGUUGAAUCGACGUCGCCACGAGAUGCAUCAGCGCAUGCUGGAGAGCGAGCGCCGACAGCAGGAGCGACAUGCUCCCGCGCUAGCCAAGCUGUCUGGUCAGAAUCGGGCGUCGCGUGGCAUUGUCAACAACAACAACGUCAACAGCGAUUAUGGCUUUGUGGAUAGCUAUGAGCAGACGCCGACGCCCCGUUCGAAUGCGAGCAGCACAGCGGUCAUGAUGAGCGGCGGUGAAUCCUCGGGCGGACCUGUUGCCACCGGCGGCAGUAAAUUCAAUUUCGACGACGGCUUUGAGUCGGACUUUAAUCAAAGCUCGCCGCCGCCAGCACCAGCUGGCACCGCCUCCAGUUGCAAUUCGACACCAGCUGGCCUGAUCUCGGCCAGCAGUACGGGUGGCUCCAAGUCGCUGUUUCGCUUCUCCAACGACUUCUCCGAGCGCGAGAAGUUGCAGCAGCAGCUUCAGCAGCAGCAACAACAGCAGCAGCAGCAGCGGGAUGGCAACUUUGAGGUGGAGACGCCACCAGCAUCGACGCCGCCCAUCACACAAAAGUUGCGCUUCGAUGACAAUGUGAAGGUGUCGCAAUUCGAUGAUGCCGCCUUCGAGGAUGACUUUGCCAAGGCCUCCUUUGACUUUGACAAGGAUCAGGCAUCACCGGCGGCGCCGUCAGCCUCGAGCCGGAAGCAAAAUAUGCGCAGCAGCAAGUUGCAGCAGCGUCAGGAGCUGAUCAAGAAAUCCGAAUCGGUCAACAUAUUCGCCAAGAAGCACGAGGAUCCCUUCGAGGACGAUGAGUUCUUCAAAUCGCCCGACGAACAGCCGAUGGCUGGCCAGGGUGACAAGGAUGGGCAACAGGAUGCCAACAAGUUUCAGUGGAACGAGGACAGCAACUUUGCCAAGUUCGAUGAAAACAUGUGAUUUGAUCAACUCUUUGCCCAGGCAACAACAGGAGCAGCAACAACAUCGACAGCUGAGCAGCCGGAA